GAGAGAGAAAACGUGCGGGCAUUUCCGUGAUCGAUUUGGUUUUUACAGUUUAGUCAGGCCGUAAGAGUGGGAAUUCUCUGAACAUCGUGAUUGAAAAUGGUGGCUACGUAGGUUCGCCGCGUCGAAUUCUCCGUCGUUUUUCUUAGUUUUUCGCGUUAAUUUUUAGUUUCCCGCAAGUGAUUUAGUGACAAUUCAGUGUCUAAGAUGGCCCACGGUUUAAAUUCGGUGAUAAAACGUGCGGUGGGCGCUGUACAAUCGUGCAAACCGGAGGGCAAAACCGGAGUCGGAUCUCGCAGGAUUUUCUCCCCCCAAUUUAAGUUACAAGUGCUCGACUCGUAUCGUAACGAUGCCGACUGUAAGGGCAAUCAACGUGCCACCGCAAGAAAAUACGGCAUCCAUAGGCGACAAAUACAAAAGUGGUUGCAAGUGGAAAAUACCCUCAGGAGCGGAUUGAACGGCGGACAUAAUAAUAAAACGGUUAAAGUGGAGGUGUCCUUGAACGGCCACAGACAGCGAGACGACGAAAGUAGCGCUCCCCGAAGCGCCAACUUGGCUGGUGCCGAGGCGCGCGUCCCCACGUUGGAGCCCCCUGCCGGUUGGCAAACGCACCAGCAGAAACAGGCGCCGCCCCCCUCGAACCUCACCGCCGCCGUCGCCGCUCCUAUAGAUUUAUCAGUGAAACGAGCGACUCCGAUGGUCGCCCCCUCGCCGCCCCCGGCGCUCUUUCAGCCGUCGCCCAGUCUGAGACAGUCGGACGUUUGGGAUCUGUCCACUAAUAAGAGGAAAGCGGAAGACGAAGGCGGCGCCCCAACGAAACCCGUCAAACUGUUCAAACCGUAUUUGGACGAUUUGAGAGAAAGUGACGAAAUGAUUGUUAAAAAAAGUCCGGUUUCGUCACCUUCGCCUCUUUAUUGUUGUCAGCCGCCACUCACCUGUUCUCCCGAGCUGUAUUACAUUAAUAAUAACAACAAUCUUUGUUGUGACAUUAUGCAAUCUCCCGAGUACCAUCCCGGAUACACUAUUCAACCGAAAGCUUCGUACUUUCACUAUCCUUACUACCAUCCGGAGCUGAGUCCUACCUACCAUCCCUAUGACGAGCCCGUUAGACAAUCUUAUAGUCUGGACUUUAAGGUGAGGACUAUUGACUGCUAUUAUCAGGAUGUGGCCUUGUGCAAGGGUAAUCCGCGGGCGGUGGUGACCAAAUACAACAUUCUCAGGAGUCAGGGUGAAGUUGGGAGGAUGAGUGAGAAUUCCAAGGAGGGUCAAGCUGUUAGGUAGAACAAUUAUAUCAUAUCGGCAUUAAUUUUAAAUUGUUCGUAUUAUUAUGUAGUUGCCUUCAAAUAUGGGUGCUAAAGUACUUUUAACAUAUCUAAACUAGUCAGAACCAGCUGGUUUUACUUGAAAAUGGGUGUGAGAAGUUAAAAACUUAAUAACUGUAUUGAUAUUUUUAGUUUUUUCGAUGAAUUAUUUUGAGGAUUUUAAGAGAAAUUUCACAAUAUUUAAUUGGAUUUGCUUUAAUGGUAUGGUGUGGAGGUAACAAUUUAAAAAUGUAUAUAUUUCAUAAUUGAAAUAUAUAGACUUUGCUGGUACCAAAAUUAAGAUUGUCAAUAUUUGCAAUAUGAAAUUUAAACAAGUUCAUGAAUUUUUUUAAUUUAAAAAAAAAAUCAAACAUUGCUUAGGAUUUUUUUCUAAAUUUUGAAAGAAAAGCAAAAAUUGCAAAUUUCAAGCAAAUCCUGAAAGACUACCAGACCUUCUGACUCUGAAGAAAUUUCCCAAUACAUCAAACCAGAAUAAUUUUGAUCAAAUAUGCCCAAUUUCAAAAGAUAGAGUCUUUAACUUGUCACUCAAUAGAACAAUGUAAAAGCAGUUGCUUUUGGUUAGCAACAUUUCUUUAUUGCUCAGUUAUAUAAUAAAUGUAUAUCGAUUCGUUACAAAGUUCGACAGUGUGCCUUUUAGUCUUAGGAAUCAACGUGCCAAAAAAUAUUUACAGUUAGGCAGCUAUGUAUAAUGUUUCUAUUUAUAAAUACCUAAUAUUUAUGCAAUAUUUUUGUAACAUAUUACUUAAAUAGAUUUAAGUACAAAAGAGGAAUCCAUUAAUGUGGUGCGGUUUUUUUGAAAUAUCGAACAUUCACUUAAUAAUUUCAUGUUCCUUAAAAUGCUGCACUAUCAUCGUUCGUUUUGCCAUAUAUAUAUAUAUAAAUAAUUAAGUUCGACAUGCCAAUAUUUAGACGUUUAAGAGAAACUCAAUCUGUUGCAAACCUUUUUUUGAAGGGUACAAUUGUUUGCAAUUAAAACAUAUGUGAUUUAGGUUAAAAAUUAUUUUUUAAAAAAAGACGCUAUAGUUAUUUAGAGAAAUUUUAAGAGUGUAACAUUUAUAUACUAAAGUACAUAUUAUAUAUUUUUAAACAUUAAAAAAAACUGUUUUAACAUGAUGAAUUAACAUUAAAAAGUACUUGGGGAUGUAAAUAAAAAUGUAAAGUACCUUAUAAGCAGCUCAAUCGAAGAGAAGUUUUAUAAACUCUUAAUAUUUUAUAUUUGAGAAUUUUUAUAAUUAUUACAAAUAAAUUGUUUACAAAUAUUA